GUUUUUGGCAAUAUUUGACGUGUUAUCGAUAACAUUUUAGAUUUUAUCAAGUUAAUUAAACUGCUUAAAACUUACAAAAUGUUUUAUCAAAACAAGAGAUUUUUAUGGAACAAAUUUUUGCGAAUCGCACAAAUUUAACGGGUUUCGAAAAUUCGAAAUUGCGAACCGUAAAGAAAUUAAAUUCGAAAUUAAAAUUCAUCAAAAAAGAAAAUAAAUCAUUAAUUAAGUUUAAAACCAUGUCUAAGUCGUCUUCAAAGAAAUUCAAAUGGAGCCUUGAGUUCAAUACCAAACCAAAAUCGGAUCUUGCUGUUCCUCCAGGCUUUAAUUUGUCAGCAGCUCAGUCACAUAGUGAAGUAGCACGUGAUACAGACCAAAAUCAAUUGAUUAUGAAGAAAUCUUGGGAUGUAGCACUAGGUCCAAUUAAAGGAAUUCCAAUGAACUUGUUAAUUAUGUAUAUGGCUGGUAACUCGAUCUCAAUCUUUCCAAUUAUGAUGGUUGGUAUGUCCUUAAUUCGACCAUUAAAAGCAAUAUUCACGACUGGUGCUACAUUCAAAAGUUUUGAAUUGAUCCAGAACAGCAUUAUUCCACAAAAGUUGAUCUUCUUUUUGGGAAAUUUAGUAAACAUUGGACUAGCACUUUACAAAUGUCAUUCAAUGGGACUAUUACCGACGCAUGCUUCAGAUUGGCUGGCAUUUGCAGAACCACAAAAUAGACUAGAAUUCAGUGACGGUGGAUUAUUGUUUAUAUGAACUACAUAAAUUAUAAUUUAUUUAACGUUUAUUAACAAAUUACAAUAAAAACUAAUCUGUAUUUGGGUAAAUUAAAUUACUUCUUCUUUAUGUCCUCUUCAAAUAUCUCGGCUAUUUUCUGCACUAAGCUCGCUGGAUCACUUACUUUUGGUACAUCAUAAUUCUGUGCGAUAUACAUUCCAGUAUAGACACCUACACCAACAUAAGCUAGCUAUAAAAUGACAAUAAAUUAAGUUAAGGAUAAUUUUCAGGAUAUACUGCACUUACCUUGCUUGAUCUGAGAUACUUUAACUUCAUUAAUUGUGCUAUGAGUUGUUUUAACACGAACGGAUUCAUUCUAUAGCUGUAAUAUAGCUCCAACAUAGUUUUAUACUUAUUUAUUUUGAAAAGGACAUUUUUAUUGCUUUACAUCCGGAAGUCGAAGUUGACACAUGUGACUUAGAGCCGACAAGAAAAUAUAUUUUGUUUUACGUUUCUUAUUUCUCCUGAUGCUUGUGAAGUAUAUAAUUUAAUUCAAAAUUUUAAAGAAAACAACUUUUUUGAUGAAAAUUUUAAAAAAUCAAGAAUCAACAAUUAAAAACUUAAUGCCGUACCCAAUUACUUGAUGCUACUCUGUUCUUGAAACUGAAAUUUACCAAAAAC